AUGAGGUCAAAUGAAUUAAAGGCAGACCCCUCACACAGACUGCACGUGGCCCGUCAGCGCAUGUGGGAUUUCAAAGUGCAAAUCACACAAGAGCCUGUUUACAAGAGGAAAUCAUGUUGCCAAGUGCUUGAAGAAGAGCUGCUGCUCCAAACAAAUGCUCAGACAAAGCUGACGUUACAUCUUAACGACCUGUGUGUUUCUGUCUCCACAGCAAACAUCUUGACAGUCAUCAUCCUUUCCCAACUCGUUGCUCGCAGGCAGAAGUCCUCCUAUAACUAUCUUCUAGCUCUAGCUGCUGCUGACAUCCUGGUUCUGUUCUUCAUUGUCUUUGUUGACUUUCUCAUGGAAGACUUUAUCUUAAAUAAACAGAUGCCUCAGGUACUGGACAAAAUAAUCGAGGUCUUGGAAUUUUCUUCCAUCCACACCUCCAUUUGGAUUACUGUUCCACUAACGAUUGAUAGGUAUAUAGCUGUGUGCCAUCCGCUGAAGUAUCACACAGUCUCCUAUCCUGCUCGUACUCGAAAGGUCAUUGUAAGCGUCUACAUCACCUGCUUUUUGACCAGCAUUCCGUACUACUGGUGGCCCAAUAUUUGGAUUGAAGACUACAUAAGCACAUCAAUGCAUCAUGUCCUCAUCUGGAUCCACUGCUUUACGGUGUACUUAGUGCCCUGCUCCAUCUUCUUCAUUCUGAAUUCUAUCAUCGUGUACAAGCUGCGGCGAAAGAGCAAUUUCCGACUGCGAGGGUACUCCACAGGGAAAACAACAGCCAUUUUGUUUACUAUAACUUCUAUUUUUGCCAUACUUUGGGCACCAAGAAUAAUCAUGAUAUUGUAUCACCUCUACGUAUCGCCUAUAAACAACAGCUGGGUGGUACAUAUUGUGUCGGACAUUGCCAAUAUGCUAGCAUUGCUGAACACUGCAAUUAAUUUCUUCCUCUACUGUUUUAUUAGCAAAAGAUUUCGCACAAUGGCAGCUGCCACACUGAAGGCCUUCUUUAAGUGUCAAAAGCAACCUGUGCAAUUCUAUACAAACCAUAAUUUUUCAAUAACAAGCAGCCCUUGGAUUUCCCCUGCCAAUUCUCAUUGCAUCAAAAUGCUUGUUUACCAGUAUGAUAAGAAUGGAAAGCCUAUAAAAAUAUCACCAUGAAAAGGGCAACUGUUGGAGUUUCUGGGUGCAAUUUCUUUUCAAGUGGUUACAUCUUCAGGAUGUAAUUUGCUGAAAUGGCUGUUUUAAAGAGUGGUCAUUUGAUUUCAUUUCCCGAGGAGACUGAGGGCAGAUCAGACUGUUAGAAGGGAAUGGGAGCACUUGAUUUUAGAAGCAAAAGUGAGAAGGCAAGGUGCCUCUGUCUCUUACACAGCAUUUUGAAUAUGCUUCAGAGUUCAGUCGCACUCCAGUGUUUUGGAUUCAAGCACCAGUGCAGUCUAGAGUCAUUAGAGGGGGGAAGCCACAACAGUGUUUAAUUUCAACCAUUUAAAAGACCAAAAACUAAAACUACAACAACAAAAUCUUAUUUGACCACGUAGUUCAUUAUUGACAGAGCAAACAGAUGCUUUUAUGUACUGUGGAAGGUGCCAAUUCUGUUAUGUGCACUUGUUGAAAAUGAUGUUGUUUCUGACAUGAAAUAUUGCCACACACAGACUGCUGUCAAGAGCUUUUUGCAUCAGGCAGUCUAUAAGACACUGGAACUGUGACAAGACCUUUUUGGCUCAUUGGACAAGGCUCAAGGACUGAUGUUUUACCUGUUAUAGCCUUGGCAUGGAAAGCAAUUCUGCAAGCUGUCAAUAUUUAUACGUUUUAAGUUGUUAGUUAUCUAAGAUUGAGACCAAGAUAGGGGAGCUUGAGGGAGGAAGGGAGGUUUCUAGAGCCAAGAACAAAAGCAACAUAUUUUCCCAGCUAUUUCCAAUUAUGGUGUCUAAAGACUUUCAAGUGAGAGGCCAAAUCCUGCCUGAUACAGCGCUCCCACUGAACCUGGUCCUGUGAGGUUUGGAGUGAUUAGAGCCUUCAGAUCCCUUCUUAAUCAAUAAAGAUACUCAGUCACACCACAUGUUCCAGCCUUUAGGGAUCGUAUAUAUAAAAACUCAAUCUUAAGACUUUCUCCUGGCAGAUUAUGCCAUCCUAUUGCAGAUUGGACAUUUUUAGUUGUUAAAAGACUUAUUUGUGCAGGAAACGCAUUAAAUACCCAACAACGGUAAAAACAUUGACCAGCUUGGACUGAGCUUUUUAAGUAUUUAUCUUAUUUAAAGUAGCUUAACUUCUCUUCCUUCACACUCAAAAAUAGCAUCUCAGUAAUGCUGAGCAUAGAAAACGUGGAGAAAAGAGAUUCACAGCAAGGCUGAGAGUGCACUUCAUUCGCUUUCUCUCCUUUUAGAUCUUGGUAUGUGGUCUCUCGAAACGUGCACCACAGCUGGUUUACUCACUUGUUGGGCACUUAAUGCAGCCUUAUUAAAUGUGAGAGCAGACUUGCACGUGAACACAAGCACAAUCUGGUCAGCGAGCACAGCGGCUCCUCGGUAACUGCAAACAAGAUGUAGCCAGGUGCUGGCCCUGUGUUUGUGCGUGUGCACGCCUCCAUUACCGACGGGGAACUCAACGGUGCAGUACUGAGGUCCCCUACAACGGAUCCAACCAGUCCUGCUUUAGUGGGAUCUGAGGGCUGAAAGCAUCUCUCAAAACCAACAGACGGCUCAGCUUUGGUGCAUUAUCACCUCUUGAGAAAUGCCAAGUCUGCACAAGUCCCGCUGAGGACAACAGCCUGAUUUCUUUCUGCCAUGAAGGUUGCACUUACAAAGCUACUUGUACUGGCGUAACACAAGCAAAACCCAUGCCAAAUCCCAGCCCACCCUACCCAGGAGGAAACGACAACGUAAGGCGCAAGACACCGAAAAGCUGGGCCCAGCACACCUGCCGUCUUGCGCGUGAAAGGGCUUUCUCAGGAGAGAGCGAGGCGACAUGGUACGCGAGGAGCUGCUGCAGCGCCAUGCCCAGCGCCUCGGCAGCCCGCGCUGCCAGGCUCCUCUCCCGCCGCGAGGUGCUCGGGACGUCCCUGCAAGGGGCUAACGCCCCCCAUGGACCACGCCGGCUUCUCUGCGGAGCAGAGGGGCAUGGCUGGAAGACGGGGGGAGCCGAGAGCAAGAGCUGACCCUGUCCAACGUUGCCUACCAAAGGAACGCAACACACGCAAACCUCCCCCAUCCGAAGGGAAACGAAGAACGCCCUCGUCCUCUAGGCUGCUCGUCCCUGUAAUCUCAACAAAAUGUCACACUUGCAAUAAUAAGGCAUAAAAGGGAUGCUCAGCUUUUCUGUAUUUCUCACAGCAAGGGUAAAAUUAUUACUCCCUUUACUAUCGUUUCAGAUAAAUUUAGUUUUGUGGCCAUGCCUUCUACCCUAUUCUCAGAAAGCUCUCUCUAUUCUUUCUUUGUAAAUUGACAGCAACCAAAGUUACCGUAUGAAAAAGGUACUGUACGUUUCAUUUUGAGGAAAACACUGUAUUUAUAUCUUAUUUUUAUUCUAAUUUGUUAUGAGGAAUGCUAGUCUAAGUUACAUGUGAAUGAGUCUGAAGUGCAAUAUCUCUACAUAGAUAAGUGGUUCAUUUUUGAGAAUGUAUCUAUUGAAAAGAUUAUUUAUACAAGAAAUUCACUAUUCUACUUAACAUAAUAGCAACCUUACAGAAAAUAGUGAGUGUUUAGGGCUUUUAUUUAUUAAAAAAAUUCAAUUAAGUGCAUGGCAUAUGGUGCCAUACACAUGGUGUGAUUUAUUAGUUUUUGUAACACAAUAUUUAUCCUGCAAACUAGCAGUGUCAUCUGAUGUUUUCUGUACUGAAUGUAUUUUUGUAAAUUACCAUAUUUAAAAAUAAAAUCUUUUUGCGUGAAUAUUUUAUUUCCAACUAAAAAUAACCCACUGAAUUAUUGCAACUUCAUUUGAAAAAGAACUCGCAACUUUUUUCCAUAUCAUUUUAGAAAUGACAUGGUGCAAUUUUCAUGUACAGUGAAUUGGUCGUUUCAUUUCUGAUCAUUUAGGGUGUUAAGAGCCUGCUUCCAAAGCCCCUUGAACUCAGCGGGAAGGUUGCUUGUGGGUUCUGUGAUUUGUGUUUACCAGCCACCAUCAAUUUAAGAGGGCUUUGGAUCAAGCCGUAUCUUGUUAACAAGUUAACAUUUGAAGCCUUCUUAGAGACCAGUUUGGAAAUAAAGCCUUGACUUUGUAGUCUGCCAUAUGGGAGCUGCUGUUGAUAAUACUUGCCUUAUUUUUGGUUUUGUGAAGCAUCUUGCAAUGACUGUUGCUAACUAGCCAAUGUCUUGCUGUUAUUAUUUGUACCUCCUAAUUUUCCAAUAGUAAAAACUUAACCAAGCACAUGCAGUAUCAUUAUUUAGGGAAACAUAACCUGGAGACAAAACCAUCUUUGUUGGAGAGAUGGUCUUUUGUACUCUAUUUAAUUUAUUUUUCAAAUAUCUACAAUUAGAAAAAAUAAGCUGUGAAUGGACCGUCUUACAAUUACUUACAGGUGUAUGUCCUUGAAGACCACAGCUAGGAACAAAAUACUUUUUAGAUGAGUUGCUGGUAUAUAAAAUUAUGAGACCUAUCACCUAUUUAAAUUGUGAAUAUUGAUAUUUUCAUAAGUAGACAAUAUAUUGUGUUUGACAGACUUGUUUGUAUUAUAAUAAAUUAUGAGAUGGUGCAUAACCUAUUGCAGUGUUUGGAGCUAUUGUGUUUGUUUUAUAGAUUUUUAUGAUAUACUACAAAUAAGACCAG